AUGUUGAGAUUCAGCGCGCAUGCGUGGCUGCUAUUGUUGCUUUAUGCAGGCCUUUCGUUUGGUGAAGACAUCGAUGGAUGUGACCAGCAGCCAUGCCAAAAUGGUGGCGUGUGUGAGAGCCACAGUGGAGGAUUCAGAUGCCUUUGCUCCCAGCAGAGCCAAAAUGGGCGCCUAUACGGCGGCGAGAACUGCACAGUUGCACUUUCAGGCUGCGAUGACGACCAGUGUGAGAACGGAGGAAUAUGCUCUCCCUUGCUCGUCAAUGACCAUCACACCUACACGUGCAUCUGCCUCGCAGGCUUCACCGGCUCCAAAUGCCAAACUCCCACCAUCUUCUCAUUUGAGUCCCCAGGCUACAUGUACGUAGAGACCCAGCUGCUGGACCCAGAAGCUCCUCUUAACGUCACAUUCAGCUUCAAGACAGACAGAGCGACCGGCACCCUGCUGCAGCGUCGAGUGGACGACCUGCUCCUCAGCAUCGAGCUGAUGGAUGGCCACCUCUGCCUCCGGAGCCUCAGAGGUCAAGGCUCCAGCACCAUGGUUCAAGAGCUGCCCGAGUAUCUGUCCAACAACAAGUGGCACACGGUUGAAGCGUCUCUGGGCGGCGUGGUCAGUCUCAUCAGGCUGCUCUGCACCGAAGGAAGCUGCACCAGAGACUCCAGCACUGAAGUCCAGCUGCUUGAACAGGCCUCGGGUCUGCCCGAGCCGGGAGCUGUUCGUCAGAGCCUCUUCAUCGGAGCAGUCGGGGGGAACUGGACUUUGGGCAGGGCGGCGAAUGAAGCGGAUCCCCCGCCUGCUUUUCUGGGCUGCUUCAGAGAUGUGUUCGUGGACUCGCAUCUGGUGCUGCCUGUUAAAGCACCAGGAGGUUCGGGCGUCCAGGCGAACAUCGCCGUGGGGUGCAGCGACAAAGACAAAUGCGACGAGAGUCCGUGUCACAACCGAGGGCGCUGUGUGAGCCAGGGCUGGAGGAGGCACAUGUGUGAAUGCCACAGGCCGUAUGAGGGAAACAACUGUGCCGAGGAAUACAUCACUGCAAGGUUUGGGAGCAAAGACCAGGAGAGCUAUGCCGUAUUCUCAUUAGACAACGACCCAGGCGACUCUGUGAUCGUGUCCAUGUUCCUUCGCACCAGACAGUCCAGCGGCCUCCUCCUCAUCCUGGCCAACAGCACCAGCCAGUACCUCCGCCUGUGGCUGGAAGACGGCAGGGUUAAAGUUCAGGUCAACAACUUUGAGAUGCUCGUUGGUCGGAGGCCGGUCAGCGACGGACAUUUCCACCUGGUGACGCUGAAGCUGGAAGGAACGGCAGCCACCUUGUUCCAGUCAGCCCAAAGCCAGGGUUUCAUGCCCAUCAGGAGCGUGGAAGUCCAUCCCGGAGAUCUGGUUUUCGUUGGGGGGCUUCCAGACUCGAGGGCCUCUGCUUCCUUUGGCGGCUACUUUAAGGGAUGUGUGCAGGACCUGAGGAUAAACAGCAAGCGCCUGCAGUUCUAUCCGAUAGCUGCUCCGGUGGAGUCGUACAACCUGCAGAAGCUCGUCGGCGUUGCAGAAGGAUGCAGCAGUGACAACGCCUGUGCUGUCAACCCCUGUCUCAAUGGGGGCGUGUGCUACUCCAUGUGGGAUGAUUUCAUCUGCAACUGCCCCCCCAGCACUGCGGGGCAGCGCUGUGAGGAGGUGAAGUGGUGUGAGCUGUCUCCCUGCCCCGCCACUGCCGUGUGUCAGCCCCUCUCUCAAGGAUUUGAGUGUUUGUCCAACGUGACGUUUCGGUUCGACAGCAGCGUUUUGCACUUCCGCAGCAACGGGAACGUCAAGCGCAGCCUCACCAGCGUGUCCUUCAGCUUCCGCACAAGACAACCUGCUGCCACUUUGCUUCACGCACAGAAGGACUCGGACCGCCUCACCAUCUCCCUCCUCGACUCCCGUCUGGUCAUGGAGCUCCACAGCGGGGUGAACGUGGACGCCCCCAUGGCGUCCGUUCAAAGCCAGCGUCCGGUCAGUGACGGAGAGUGGCACGUCGUGGAGCUCAGCGUGGAGAACCAGACUCUGACCUCCAGGUGGGUGGUGGCUGUGGACGGAGGUAAGGAGGAGUCAUCUAAAUCAGCCGGGCCGGGGGAUUUGGGGUUUCUUAGGGAGGGGGCAGACAUCUUCCUGGGGGGGUUGAGCCUGGAAUCUGGCGCCAACCUGUCCGGCUGUCUGGGCCCUGUGGAGAUCGGAGGCCUUCUUCUUCCUUUCCACCUGGACACUGAGCUGAACCUCCCCAGACCUCAGGAGGAGCAGUUUGUGAGGAUGAACGGCAACGCUGCCCCGCGAUUCGGCUGCUGGGGAGCCACAGUCUGUUCACCCAACCCCUGCCAGAACGAGGGUUCGUGCGACGACCUGUUCGACCUGCACCGGUGCACGUGUUCCCCCGAGUGGACGGGACCGCUGUGUAAAUACCCGGCGGACGCCUGCGUCUCCAGCCCCUGCAUCUACGGCACCUGCACCAACCUACCCGAGGGCUUUAAGUGCGUCUGCGAGCCGGGGUACGGCGGUGAGCAGUGCGAGGCGGAAGUCGACAUAUGCGAGAACAGCAACUGCAGCCACGGCGCCACGUGCCUCAAAGGUUUCCAGAGCUACACGUGUCUCUGCCCUCAGAAUCUGACCGGCCAGUACUGCGAUGAGAAAAUCCCUGAAAUCCCAUGGUACAUCGAGACCAAUCCACUUCCUCAGCUGCCUGUAACGACGUGCAGCGGUACGAGAUGGAACUAUAGCUGCUUCAAUGGAGGAAACUGCUCUGAAGCAGACAACACCUGCUACUGUCUGCCGGGUUUCACAGGACAGUGGUGUGAGAAGGAUGUGGACGAGUGCGUCUCCGAUCCAUGCAUGAACGGAGGCUUCUGCGUCAACUACGUGAACAGCUUCGAGUGCGUGUGCGACAUGAACUACUCGGGGAUACACUGUCAGAUAGACGUCAGCGACUUCUACUUGUACCUCUUCCUGGGCCUGUGGCAGAACCUCUUCCAGCUGGUGUCCUACCUGGUGAUACGCCUCGACGACGAGCCGGAGAUCGAGUGGGGCUUCCACGUCAACGACUAG